UUGGCAGGCAGGUGGGUAGCCUUGUAGGGGAGAGGCCGAUGGCCGAAGAGGUAAUCGAGCUGGGGCGGGCCCUGGGGAAGGGGAGAGCGCCAGAGGUUGUCUUAGCUGUGGACAGUGCUGUGGUGAAACAAUCCCUAGCGAACGGGCUGGAGGUAGAAGAGCGUGGUGGGGAGCGGGGGACGCUGUCCAUUUUAAAAGUAUCUCAGGAAGGAGAGCCCUGUGCAGCUCGUCUUUACGUCUAACACCCUCCAAGACAUUGUGUCUGGGCGUCUAGCUCCAACCCCUCUAGCGGCAGCUUCCGGCUCUUUCCUCUUGGCGUGCCAUGGCUCCGGGCUGCCUUCCUUUCCACUUGCUAUUGCUUUUCUCCUGGUAUUUCAGUUUUUCCUUCUUACCCACAAGUCACAGUCCUCCCAGUAAUCCUUUUAUUUAAAAAAUAUAGUAUGUGCUGUCCGCGUCAGUUCAUCAGUUCAUACUCUCUUCCCUGCUUCAUCUCUGGUGCAGCUCAAGUCUGGGGCUCCCGCUGGGUUCUGGGACUUCCUGCCCUGCGCUCCUCCGGCUUUCCCUUCAUUUAUUCCUCUCCCGAGUCCCCUUCUCCAGUCAGCGGGGACCGUGCUCUUGCCAUAGCCUCUCCGGUCUGGAAACAGUGAGGCCGGUCUCCACUGUUGCCCGGGGACCCUGUGCCUGGACCGGCACUGAGCUGAGCUGCCCUGUGGUUUGGAAGACUUCAGGCUGAGAGAGAAGGUGUGAUUUGCCUAGGCUCACGCAGCAAGACCCCGCCCCACCGCUUACUGUCUUGGCUUUGCCUCUCAAGCCGUCCUGUCCUACCCCGUGGGGUCUCACUGUCCGCGGCAGGGCUAUGGACAGGAAAGUGGCAGUCCCCAAGGAUGCGGUCUCCUGGAUCCCUGAGGAAGCAGAAACGUUGGACCAGGAAAGCAAGGACCAGGUGAAGGAUCGGGGCCAAUGGACCAACAAGAUGGAGUUUGUGCUGUCAGUGGCCGGGGAGAUCAUUGGGCUGGGCAAUGUCUGGAGGUUUCCCUAUCUCUGCUACAAAAAUGGAGGUGGAGCCUUCUUCGUGCCCUACUUCAUCUUCUUCCUCAGCUGCGGCAUCCCAGUGUUCUUCCUGGAGGUGGCGCUGGGCCAGUACACCAGCCAGGGGAGCGUCACAGCCUGGAGGAAGAUCUGCCCCCUCUUCCAGGGCAUUGGUAUAGCAUCUGUGGUCAUCGAGUCUUAUUUGAACAUCUACUACAUCAUCAUCCUGGCCUGGGCACUCUUCUACCUGUUCAGCUCCUUCACCUCUGAGCUACCCUGGACGACUUGUACCAAUCCCUGGAACACAGAGCAUUGCGUGGACUUUCUGAACCACUCGAGAACUAGCACAGAGACCCACUCUGAGAACUUCACCUCCGCUGUCAUGGAAUUCUGGGAGAGACGGGUUCUGGGAAUCACCUCGGGCAUCCACAACCUUGGGGCCCUGCGGUGGGAGCUGGCCCUAUGCCUCCUGCUUGCCUGGAUCAUCUGCUACUUCUGCAUCUGGAAAGGGAUCAAGUCCACGGGCAAGGUUGUUUAUUUCACGGCCACAUUUCCCUACCUGAUGCUGGUCAUCCUGCUGAUCCGAGGUGUCACCCUCCCCGGGGCCUAUGAGGGCAUCAUCUACUACCUGAAGCCAGACCUGCUCCGUCUCAAGGACCCCCAGGUGUGGAUGGAUGCGGGCACCCAGAUCUUCUUCUCCUUUGCCAUCUGCCAGGGCUGCCUUACGGCCCUGGGCAGCUACAACAAGUACCACAACAACUGCUACAGGGACUCCGUCGCCCUCUGCUUCUUGAACAGUGUCACCAGCUUUGUGGCCGGCUUUGUCGUCUUCUCCAUCUUGGGCUUCAUGUCCCAAGAGCAGGGUGUGCCCAUUGCUGACGUGGCUGAGUCAGGUCCUGGUCUGGCCUUCAUCGCGUUCCCCAAGGCCGUGACCAUGAUGCCCUUGUCCCAGCUGUGGGCCUGCCUCUUUUUCAUCAUGCUGCUGUUCCUAGGCCUGGACAGCCAGUUUGUCUGCAUGGAGUGCCUGGUGACAGCCUCUGUGGACAUGUUCCCCCAGCAGCUCCGGAAGCGUGGGCGGCGCGAGCUGCUGAUCCUUGGCAUCUCGGUCGUGUGCUACCUGGUAGGGCUCUUGCUGGUCACUGAGGGUGGGAUGUACCUCUUCCAGCUCUUUGACUACUACGCCUGCAGUGGCAUCUGCCUGCUCUUUCUCUCCGUGUUUGAAGUCAUCUGCAUCAGCUGGGUGUACGGGGCAGACCGUUUCUAUGACAACAUUGAGGACAUGAUUGGCUACCGGCCAUGGCCCCUGGUGAAGAUCUCCUGGUUCUUCCUGACUCCGGGACUUUGCCUGGCCACCUUCCUCUUCUCCUUGAGCAAGCAUACACCGCUCACGUACAACAAUGUUUAUGUCUACCCUCCCUGGGCCUACUCCAUUGGCUGGAUCUUGGCCUUCUCCUCGAUGGCCUGCGUUCCUCUCUUCAUGGUCAUCACCCUCAUGAAGACCCAGGGUUCCUUCAGGAAGCGUCUGUCCCAGCUCAUCAUCCCGGAUCCCAGCCUGCCGCAGCCCAGGCCGCACCUACACCUGGAAAACGGCCCUGGCCAGGACUACAGGCCGUUUCCCCUGAAGGAAGGCCUCAUUGCUGGAGAGAAGGAGACGGAACUGUAGGAAGGGCGAGAGGCCUGGAGCCAGAACCCGGGCAGGGCUGCCCUUCUCCAUGAGAAACCUCAGCCUACAGUCCUCUGCCUCCGGCCUGCUGAGACCUCUAGGAGACCCUGGGCCCAGCCGGAGGCCACUUCCCAUCCUUCCCAAAGUGGCUCUAGGCAUCCGCAUCUACAUGGACUCUUAUCCCAAGCCCCCGACUUCUCAGAUGAGAAAACCGAGGACCUGGCAGACAAAGGAACUUUUUCAAGUUUGCAAGGGGAGCCCGAGACGAGGCUCAGACCUGACGUCCUCUCACCUAGGCUCGUGUUCUUUCCAUCCUGCCCCCGCCCCUGUUAAUACGCACGUACAGAUUGCCGCCUC